CUGAGUCUGCUUCCCCACGUGUCACCUUGGAGUUUCUAGCUGGCACCAUUACUUCCAACGAGUGGAGUUCUCCCACCUCCCCUGAGGGGAGCAACGACUCAGGGGGCAGUGAGGCCUUGGACAAACCCAUUGACAAUGACGCUGAGGGUGUGUGGAGUCCGGAUAUUGAGCAGAGCUUCCAGGAAGCGCUAGCCAUCUACCCACCAUGUGGACGGCGGAAGAUUAUCUUGUCAGACGAAGGCAAGAUGUAUGGCCGAAAUGAGCUAAUUGCCCGCUACAUUAAGCUGAGAACAGGGAAAACGCGCACAAGAAAACAGGUAUCUAGUCACAUCCAGGUCCUGGCAAGGCGGAAAGCUAGAGAGAUCCAAGCCAAGCUCAAGGAUCAGGCAGCUAAAGAUAAAGCAAUGCAGAGUAUGGCUACAAUGUCAUCUGCCCAGAUUAUCUCUGCAACUGCCUUCCAUAGUAAAAUGGCCUUGCCUGGUCUCCCACGACCAGCCUACCCUGCUGUUUCUGGGUUUUGGCAAGGAGCUUUGCCAGGCCAAGCUGGAUCUUCCCAAGACGUGAAACCUUUUUCUCAACAACCUUAUGCUGUACAGCCUCCACUGCCAUUACCAGGGUUUGAGUCUCCUACUGGCCUCUCGCCUUCCCCAUCAGCACCAGCUUGGCAAGGACGAAGGGUUGCUAGCUCCAAACUUUGGAUGUUAGAAUUCUCUGCAUUCUUGGAACAACAACAAGAUCAAGACACAUAUAACAAACACCUGUUUGUGCACAUUGGGCAGUCAAGCCCCAGCUACAGUGACCCCUACCUCGAGGCAGUGGAUAUCCGGCAGAUCUAUGACAAGUUCCCAGAGAAAAAAGGGGGCCUGAAGGAGCUCUUUGAAAGGGGGCCAGCUAAUGCCUUCUUUCUUGUCAAAUUCUGGGCUGAUUUGAACACCAAUAUUGAAGAUGAAUCCAGAUCUUUCUAUGGUGUUUCCAGCCAAUAUGAGAGCCCAGAAAACAUGGUCAUUACCUGUUCCACCAAAGUGUGUUCCUUUGGAAAGCAGGUGGUGGAGAAAGUGGAGACAGAGUAUGCACGCUAUGAAAAUGGACACUAUUCCUAUCGCAUUCACCGUUCCCCUCUCUGCGAAUACAUGAUAAACUUCAUUCAUAAACUCAAGCACCUUCCUGAGAAGUAUAUGAUGAACAGUGUGCUGGAAAACUUUACUAUCUUGCAGGUUGUGACAAACAGGGACACACAGGAGACCUUGCUGUGCAUAGCAUAUGUUUUUGAAGUUUCAACUAGUGACCACGGUGCCCAGCAUCACAUCUACCGGCUGGUGAAGGACUAGAGCCUAUCUGCCUUGAGUCAUCCAUGGGAUGCAUGUCUAAGAAAGAAAUCCGUGCUUGAAAAACCCCUUUCCCCUCAUACCAAACUGAAAAAUAAACUGCAAAUAUUAUGUAUUUUCAGAAAAGCA